GCCAGAGCACAUCGCACUGAACACUGCGCGCCUUCAGCUAGCUAGCAGCAUCGAGUCCGGCCGGCAAGGCGACGCCCGACGACGAUGGGUGGCGUAGCUAAGAUGCCCGCGGCGGCGCUUUGGUUGCUGCUAGUAGGCGUGGUGGUAGCCCUUGGGGUUGCGGCCACCCCGGCGCACGCCUUCAGGAACAAGACGAACCACUACGACUUCAUUAUCACGGAGACGAACGUGACGCGGCUGUGCCACGAGAAGGCCAUCCUCACCGUGAACGGGCAGUUCCCAGGUCCGACCAUCCACGCGCGCCGGGGCGACGUCGUCUUCGUCAACGUCCACAACCGGGGCCGCAAGAACAUCACCCUCCACUGGCACGGCGUGGACCAGCCGCGCAACCCCUGGUUCGACGGGCCCGAGUUCAUCACGCAGUGCCCCAUCCGGCCCGGCGCCAACUUCACCUACCGGAUCGUCUUCUCCGACGAGGAGGGCACGCUCUGGUGGCACGCGCACAGCGACUUCGACCGCGCCACCGUGCACGGCGCCAUCGUCGUCCGCCCCAAGCUCGGCGCCGCCUACCCCUACCCCGAGAUGCACAAGGACAUACCCAUCUUCCUCGGCGAGUGGUGGAAUGUAGACGUGCAGCACUUGCUCGAGGAGACCAUGCAGAGCGGUGGUGACUUCAAAAUCUCCGACGCCAACACCAUCAACGGCCAGCCCGGCGACCUGUUCCCGUGCUCCAGGAAGGGCACCUUUAGGGUGCCCGUGGAGCGCGGCAGGACGUACAUGCUCCGGGUCAUCAACGCGGGGCUCACCAACGACAUGUUCUUCGCCGUCGCCGGCCACAACCUCACGGUGAUCGGCUCCGACGGCCACUACCUCAGGCCGUUCACCGUCGGCCACAUCAUGAUCGCGGCCGGCCAGACCAUGAACGUGCUCCUCCACGCCGACCGCGCCGCCAGCCGCUACUACAUGGCCGCGAGGACCUUCGCCACCAACUCGGAGAUCCCGGUGAACAACAGCACUGCCACGGCCGUUCUCGAGUACACGGACGCGCCGCCCUCCUCGGCGGGGACGCCGCCUGCCCUCGCCGACCUGCCGGCCGUCGGCGACCUCGGCGCGGCGACGGCGUACACGGCGCGGCUCCGGUCCCUGGCCACCGACGGCCACCCCGUCGACGUGCCCGCCCGCGUCGACGAGCGCAUGGUCGUGACCGUCUCCGUCAACGUGCUCCCCUGCGGGGCCAACGAGACGUGCGACGACGGCCCCAUCAACGGCACCCGCUUCGCGGCGAGCCUGAACAACGUCAGCUUCGUGGCCCCGGCCGUCGACAUCCUCGACGCCUACUACUCCUCCAUGCGCGGCGUGUCCGAGCCGGACUUCCCCGGCCGGCCGCCGCUGGCGUACAACUUCACCGCGCCCGGCCCGGCGGAGGAGCUCUGGUUCAGGGCCGGCCCUGACUUUUUGGUGGCCCAGUACGAAAAAAAUAAUGGAGGCCCCCAUUAACUAUAAAAAUAUAAAAAGUCAAAUUGGUAAUCGGCAUGAUAAGUAGGUAGCAAAUCGGCGAUCUGUAGACAGCGGCGGCGUCUCGCGAGGAUGUCAAGGAGGCACUGAAGCGUGUAGUUGGGCAAAUGUUGGAGAAGUUGUCCAUUGAUUUUCCUCUAUCAAAUCAAGGCGCGGCUUUAUUCCUCCAACUGGACAGAGAUGUCACGCCCAACAAUAUAGGUUACAAAAUUUAUGAGGGGGUCAUGGGCCUGUUUGGAUACAUAGAGAUAAUAGGUAUCCUUCACCUUUUAGCUUCAAAUUAUCCCACCUGUUUGGAUGUAUGAGGGAUAAUUUUAAGUUAAAGUGGAUUAUCUCUCCCAAAAUUCUUAGCCCCUUCAAGAUGUGAUAAUGGGGCUAAUUUAGUAUGAACCCCACAAAAAAUGUGAGUAUACACACACACCUAGAUAUGAGAAUGAGAGAGAGGGUAGGCAUUAGCCCAUGGAUCCAAACAAUCUACCUUGGGCUAAUGCUUAGCUUACCAAUUUAAGACUAAAUAUUAGCUCUCAAAAUUAGUCCUGGGCUAAUGUUCCAAAGCCCAUGCCAAAUACUUAGAUGAUCCGAGUCUCUUUCAAUAUCUAAAUGAGCUGGCUUAUAAGUAAAGAUGUUACUUAUAACUUGACAUGCCUUAUAA